AUGGGCAAGCUAAUCCGCCUCGAGCUGUUCAACUUCAAGUCCUACAAGGGCCAUCACACCCUCUUGUUCGGCGACUCGUACUUCACCUCCAUCAUCGGCCCCAAUGGAUCCGGCAAGUCCAAUUCCAUGGACGCCAUCUCCUUCGUCCUCGGCAUCAAGUCGUCGCAUCUCAGAUCCACCCACCUGAAAGACUUGGUCUAUCGCGGGAGAGUCCUCAAAACCUCCAAAAUCAACGAUGACGGCUCCGCCCAAGACCCCACCACCAACGGUCACACGAAUGGCCACACGAAUGGUGACGAUCAUGACAAGCCAAAUCGCGGCGACCCCAAAACUGCAUGGGUCAUGGCCGUUUACGAGGAUGAUGUGGGAGACGAGCACCGCUGGAAGCGCGCAAUCACGAACCAGGGAUCGAGCGAGUACCGCAUCAAUGACCGCGUCGUCACAGCCCAGCAAUACAACGAGGCACUCGAGGCCGAGAAUAUCCUGAUCAAGGCCCGCAACUUCCUCGUCUUCCAGGGUGAUGUCGAGGCCAUUGCUUCGCAGUCCCCCCAAGACCUGACGCGCUUGAUCGAGCAGAUCUCUGGCAGUUUGGAAUACAAGGCCGAAUACGAGAAGCUCCAAGGCAAAGCCGACGAGUCCGCCGAGAAUUCCGCCUUCCAGCUGCAAAGGCGCCGUGGCAUCAAUUCCGAGAUCAGGCAAUACCAAGAACAGAAACAGGAAGCCGAUAACUUCCAGAGCAAGACCGAUGAGCGCGACGCUGCUGUUGUCACCCAUAUCCUAUGGAAGCUCUACCACUUCCAACAGGUCAUGGAUGAGUCCAGCGCCAAGAUACAGGAACACCAAGAGAACUUGAAGGAAUUCCGUCGCAAUGUCGAGUCAUUCGAGAAGAAACUUGAAGCUGCUCGGAAAGACCAGGUCGACGCUGCCCAGAAAGUCCACAAAGUCGAGCGCCAGAUCAAGGGGCAGGAAAAGGCAUUGGAGGACAAGGAGAACAGCCUGGUCCCCAUCGAAGAGAAGGUGCAGAACACGACUGGCCAGGCCGCCAUCCUUCGCAAGAGAAUCGAGUCCGUCCAGAAAGAGCGCGACGAACAGGCCAAGCUGAUAGCCAAGAGCGAGAAGGAUCUGGCCGCGGUCCAGAAAGCCCAGAAGCAUUUUGAGGACCAAUGGAAAGAGACCAUGAAGAAGCAAGGCAAAGAGCUUAGCGAUGCUGACCGGAAGGAGUACAACUCGCUGCGGACACAAGCCAUGGCCAAAUCCUCCGAAAAUCAAGCAAAACUAGAGAAUCUUAACCGUCAACUGAAGACUGACGAGGUCACUGUUAAUAGUCUGAAGGGCAAAGUCGAUGGCUACCAAGCCGCAGUUGAGAAGCUUGAAGCCGAUAUAGCGACGAUCAAGGAGCGGAAGGAUGCCACCCAGGCCACAGUCAAGCAGCUAUCUGCCGAGAUUGACGCCAAGAAGAAGGAAUACCACCAAGUCCAGUCGGAGAAAGUCCGCACAAAUCAAAGACGGACGGAACUCGAAGAGAAAGACCUGGAUGUCUUGAGGAAGCUGACUGAGGCCGACGACGGAAGACGCCAGAAUGACAAGGAGGUACGCACGAAGGAGAUGGUAGCCGCGCUGAAGCGUCUGUACCCCGGCGUCAAGGGGCGCGUGGGUGAUCUCUGCAAGCCCAAACAGAAGAAAUUCGACGAGGCUGUCAUCACCGCCCUUGGACGUGACUUCGACUCCGUCAUCGUGGAUAGCGAGAAGACUGGUGUCGAGUGUGUGCAGCAUCUCAAGGACCAACGCUUUGCGCCCAUGACCUUCAUCCCCCUGGAUAACAUCAAAGUCAACGCUGUGAACACGGCUGUCAAGGGCAUUUCCGGCGCACGAUUGACUAUUGAUACGAUUGACUUUGACUCGACACUCGAGCGUGCCAUGUCAUACGCUUGCGGCAGCUCGAUUGUCUGUGACGAUCUCGACAUCGCCAAGCACGUCUGCUACGAACGCAGGCUACCGGUCAAAGCGGUUACCCUGCAAGGUUUCGUCAUCCACAAGGCCGGCUUGAUGACCGGUGGACGCGGUCCCGAGAACAAGGGGGGCAAACGCCGCUUCGAAGAGCACGACGUACAGAACCUGCGUAAGAUGCAUGACAAGUUCCAAGAAGAGAUUGACAAGCUCCCGCGAGUCGACCGCCGUGGCCUCGCUGAGGAGACGUUGCACAACGAGCUCGCCGGCCUAGAGCAGCGCCUACAGUUCGCGCGAAGCGAAUUGACAGCUUUCGAACAAAACUUGGCGAGCAAGAAGAAAGAACUUGAUCACGUGAAGCGCCAACUUGGGGAGUGGCAGCCCAAGUUCGACGACGAAGACCACAACUUGCAGAAGACACGAUCAUCAGUUGAGAAGUUCAAGACGGCCAUAGCGCAAGUCGAGGAUAAGAUCUUCGCCGACUUCUGUAAGCGUCUUGGCUACGCGGAUAUCAGGGCAUACGAAGGUCAGCAGGGCAGCUGGGAACGGGAAGCAGCCGAGAAGCGUACCGAAUUCGAUAAUCAAAAAUCCAAGUUGGAGAGCAACAAGAAUUGGGAGGUGGCGAGACAAAAAGAGACCGAAGGUAGACUUCGGGUGCUAGAGAGUCGGCUGGACCGGCUUUCCGAAGAUAUCAAAACGUACGAGGCCGAGAAGGAAGAGAUCGAAGAAUGCAUAGGCGGUGAUCAGGAUAACCUUGCAGCGCUCCAAGAACAGUUGGAUGAGUUCAAGACUGAACUUGCUACCCACAACGACAAGGUCAAUAGCGCCAGAGCCGACGUCCAGAAGCGAAGCAAAGAUAUCGAUGGCAGGCUCAAGGCAGUCACCGCGCUGGAGACGGAGGUCCAGAAGAACAGCGCUGAGAAGUUUGCUCUGUUGAGGCGAUGCCGACUGGAGCAGAUCAAUGUCCCACUGGCCGAGGGGUCGCUGGACGACCUGCCAAACGAAGAUAACCUCCUGCACCAAGAUCCAGAUGCCAUGGAUGUCGACGGAGGGGACGACGACAAUCAAAUGGAAGAUGCUAUGAAUGAUUACGGGGUCGAGAUCAACUUUGACGAGUUGGAUGACGAUCUCAAGAAUUCCGAUGAUGAUGAGAAGAUCGAGGAUCAAUUGCAAGAAAAGAUAUCGUCACUCACGGCGGAACUGGAGAAGCUGAACCCCAACAUGCGAGCCAUGGAGCGCCUAGAGGUGGUCGAAGCCAGGCUCAGGGCGACAGAGAAGGAAUUCGACGAUUCGAAAGCGUCCGCCAAGGAGACCAAGGAUGCCUUUGACGAAGUCAAAGCCCAGCGUUUCGACCUGUUCAACAAGGCCUUCACCCAUAUCCAGGAGCAGAUCUCGCAAGUCUACAAAGAUCUAACACGCUCGGACAUGUAUCCGCUAGGUGGCCAAGCCUAUCUCGACAUUGAGGAGGAUACGGACAAGCCCUACCUUUCUGGCAUCAAGUACCACGCGAUGCCGCCUCUGAAGCGAUUUCGUGACAUGGAGCACCUCUCGGGAGGCGAGAAGACCAUGGCAGCGCUGGCUCUGCUCUUCGCCAUCCACAGUUACCAGCCGAGCCCUUUCUUCGUGCUUGACGAGGUCGACGCGGCUCUGGACAACGCCAACGUGGAGAAGAUCAAAAACUACAUCCGGAACCACGCGGGCCCGGGUAUGCAAUUCGUCGUAAUCAGCCUGAAGACGGGGCUUUUCCAGGACAGCGAGAGCCUGGUCGGUGUCUACAGAGAUCAGGACGUGAACAGCUCGCGGACGCUGACCCUGGAUCUGCGCAAAUACGUAUAA